AUGCAGUUGGAUAAUCUUUAUUUAGCUGUAUCAUCCGGUCUUCCUCACUGUCCACCAUUUCUUUCCCGGUUGCUCGGAUCUGUUCCAACCAUUUUUUUUUUCUUUUCGCUCUUUCUUAAAGACCUUUUUUCUUCUCUUACCUUCUUUUUCUUUUGCUUUCUUUCAUUUUUAUCUUUUAAAUAUUUCGUAGAUUUCUUCUUCUUACAUUUCAUCAGCUUCCACAUUUCUUUCUCUAUUUCUGUCUCUCUUUCUCUCUCUAAUUCUCUUUCUUUGUCCCUCUCUCUAUCCAUCUUUCUUUCUCUCGUUCUCUUUCUCUUUGUCUCUCUAAGUCUCUUUCUUUGUCCCUCUCUCUAUCCAUCUUUCUCUCUCUCUUUCUCUCUCUCUCUUUCUCUCUCUCUCUUUCUCUCUCUAAUUCUCUUUCUUUGUCCCUCUUUCUAUCCAUCUUUCUUUCUUUUCUCUUUCUCUCUCUCUUUCUCUCUCUAA